AAGAUUGGAAGUCGUGUUUAUAUGAAAGCAUAGUCAGUGGUUCACCCACCAUAACACCCUUCAAACUAAGAAUCUCAAUAUAAAAGGCGCACACGAAAGAAUCUUCCUAACUUCACACCAAUUUCUUGUACAUUGAUCUUAUCUAAAACUAAGUUACAUAAAAAACAAGCAUAUAUUUUUCAUGUAUGAUCUAUACACACAAAAAUUUGUAUCCAUAUACAGACAAUUUUUCUUAAUCUUAAUAAAUACUUCCUCAAUCCCAAAAAUCUCCCAUAAUUACCUUUUUUUAACCAUGUUUCGGUUUUUCAGUUAUGAUACCUUCGCCCUCUUCUUUCUUCUUCUUCUUUCUUCUUUUUCUGUCUUUCCCGCUAUAGCCAUCCGGUCGCCACCCAAUUCUUUAACUGAAUUAACUGUCGAUAUUCAGAACGAAACGUGGCACAGUUUUAUUCGCUUUCUUGAUGCCGGAAAAGGUAGCCAUGUCAACGGCAUGGCCGAGCUCAAGAAAUAUUUUCAACGUUUUGGGUACCUCUCAAUCCCGGAAAAUAAUUUCACCGAUUUAUUCGAUGAAGAGUUUGAGUCGGCUCUGUUUAAGUACCAGGAAAAGCUCGGGUUAUCCACCACCGGAAAACUCGACUAUGAUACCAUGAAAGUGAUCAUGUCGCCGAGGUGCGGAGUUUCCGACACGACAUCACCCCACAAUUUACAUGCAACGAAACAUUACGCCUAUUUCUACGGCGAGCCGAGGUGGACCAAAUCAUCGCCGAUGAUAUUAUCCUACGCUUUCGCUCCGGCCAACAUCAUCGAUUACAUAAGCUUAUCCGAUAUCAGAACAGUUUUUCGUCGAGCUUUCUCAAGGUGGUCUUCAGUGAUUCCCGUCAACUUCACCGAGGCUGAGAAUUACUCCUCUGCCGAUAUCAAAAUUGGGUUUUAUAAAGGCGAUCAUGGAGAUGGGGAGGCGUUUGACGGGGUGUUGGGUGUUCUUGCUCACGCUUUUUCGCCAGAAAACGGUAGGUUCCACCUGGACGCCGCCGAGACAUGGGCUGUGGACUUCACGGCGCAGAAGUCAAAAGCGGCAGUGGAUUUAGAAUCAGUGGCGACCCAUGAAAUUGGGCAUGUACUUGGGUUGGCUCACUCUUCGGUCAAAAAUGCGAUUAUGUACCCAAGUCUGAGUCCAAGGACGAAAAAAGUGGACCUCAAAAUUGAUGACGUGGAAGGUAUUCAGGCUUUGUAUGGGUCAAAUCCUAAUUUUAGUUAUAAUUCUUUGUUGCAGUCGGAUAUUUCAUCAAGUUGGGGGUUAAUGGCCAUGAAAAGAAGAAAUGCGAUUUUAGUGUUGAUAGCAAUUAUUUUUUCUCUUCGCUUAUGAAGGUAACACGACUUUAUCACUUUUUUGGGUUCUCUAAAAUAUACAAAUUGUUUAAUUUCCUUUUACUUUUCAAGAAUUGUAAAAAGAUUUACAGUUAUAAAAUUAAUUACACUCUUUUUUCA